CAGCCACACAGUGUAACUGUAGACAUCCCCUUAUGCAUUUUUAACAGCUCAGCAGGUGAUGGGAACAGUUCGGUGGGGACAGUUUGUCCACAGAUAGAGUGACCAAGUGAUCAGGUGAGUCCAAACCGCUCUGUUUAUUUGUCAGUAUGAUUAUUUUAUCUUUUUGUAAACCUACUUUGUUGUCAAGGUUUCUUCUGUUUCCCAGCAUGAAACAGCAGUGAGCCUGUGCUGGCAUCUCUUAUUGUAAGAUGAGCAUGUUCUGUAUCUAUUUUUGUGUUAAGUUCCUUAAUUGACAUCUCAUUUUUUAGAUAUUGAGGUCUAUUAGACCCUGGCUUUGGAGCUGUUCUGGAUGAUGUAAUUACGGGAGAGAAAAGUGAGCCAGAGUGGCUCAAGACAGAGUUUAUCCUAAAGGAAAGCUCAUUCACAAAUUAAUCCUGCUCUUUUUUCCUCAGCUGUUAUUGACGUCCUGAAAAUACAAGGAUAACACUUCAUCAUCCUCUUCAUACGUUGGUUUAAAAGGACUGUUUGAGGAUGCCCGGAGCCAGCGGUGUCAACGUUGAGCCCUCCUGCGAGGCCUUGUGUCGGACCCUGGUGUCUCAGAACGGCCUGCAGAGAGAGUCCGCUGACAUCUCCCAGUCUGUCCUCUACACGUCACUGAUGGGCCUGCUUCUGGUCACUGACAACGAGAAGGAGCAGCUCACUAUAGGAGGUGGAAGAGUUGGCCUUAGAAAUGUUGGAAACACAUGUUUCCUGAACGCAGUAGUCCAGUGUUUGUCUCACACACAUGGCCUACGAGAUUACUGCCUCCUCAAGUCCUACAGGCAUGAGAAGUUCUCCAAAGAGGAUGCUAAGCUCAUGGAAGCUUUUUCCCAGGUGCUGUCAGGCCUCUGGGAUAUAAAUGAAGGCAGCACGGUUAACCCACGCCACUUUUACAGUGUUUUUAAAGAAGCAGUGCCUUACUUCAGUGGUUACAGCCAACAGGAUGCACAGGAGUUUCUUAGGUUCCUAUUGGACAAGCUGCACACAGAAAUAAACCGUAGGCCCUACGUUCGGCGAACGGGGAAGGAUCCUGAACAGAAAUACGCCAGAUUUAGGAUUUCAGAAGAGGCAGCAGCCAUGUGGAAGAAGCACUUGGAGAGAGAUGACAGCAGAAUAGUUGAUCUGUUCUCAGGCCAGCUACGGAGCUCACUGCAUUGCUCUGUGUGCUCUCACUACUCCAACACCUUUGAUGUGUUCUGUGAUCUGUCGCUGCCCAUCCCCAAGAAGAGCUCAUCAGGGGAGGUGACGCUGAGGCAGUGCCUCGACCUUUUCUCUCAGGAGGAGAAACUGGACAAGGAGAAUUCACCUAUGUGUGAGAGGUGUAACAGGCACACAGAGUGCACCAAGCGCUUGUCCAUCCAGAGGUUUCCCCAGGUUAUUGUCAUACAUCUGAAUCGAUUUACAAUGUCACGGUGGUCGAUCAGUAAAAGUACCACAUAUGUGUCCUUCCCACUCACAAACCUGGACCUCGGACCAUAUGGGCCUCUCGACUCUGGUCCAGUUCUCUAUGAUUUAUAUGCAAUAUGUAACCAUGCCGGGACAGUGAACAUGGGUCACUACACUGCCUGCUGUUUAGAUGAAAAUGGUUGGUGUUUCUACAAUGACUCCAGUGUGACUCCAGUCUCUGAGAACCAGCUUCAGACCAAUCAAGCCUAUGUGCUGUUCUACCAGCGCAGCAACAGCACCACCACAACCACUGUCAGGAAAUAGACCACAGACUGGCUGAGCCAGAGAGCCAAUCAGAGCAACUUUACCUCCAGUGUCCAUAGAAACAAAUCGAGGCAGCAGUGCUGGAACUCUGGCAUCUUUGAACUUCUCAAUUUCUUUAGCUCAAAUAAACUCAGAGGAAAAGGAGCAGGGGGGUGCAUACGUGCUGUGAAGGGGCUGUAAGAGAUGAGCUACUUUCCGAAAUCUUGGAGAUGCUUUGGAAGACUGAAAACAUUCAGGUGGCCACUGCCAGUCUUCAAGAGAAAAAGAGACAGUUUUGACAAACUCUGUGCACUGGUCCUCUACCUUGGGAGAGGGGUCUAAAUGCACAUGGCACAGUGAUAAUUGUGGAUCAAGCUAGCAAACAUGAACACACAUUUCAGCUGGAAUAGAUAUAGCAAGCAUAUCAUGACUCUUGUGGCAUAGGAACUGAUCAAAUUCUAUAACAACUUUAAGCUACAGUUUUUUGGCGAGGUACUUUAAGGUCUGUAGAUGGUACAAUAUCUACGCUUUCUUUACAUUUAAGUUAUCCUCUAUAUGGACAGCUAAAUGAAGCAUGUAAAUAUUAAAAUGGGCUAUAAUAUAUACAUUAACUAUAUGGGCUAUGUGACAAAUACAUUCUUAAAUGUAUUUGUUUAUUUUUUUACAGUUCUGUCUCCUGCUUAUGAAUAAAUGGAUAAAAUAUA